AUGGCGCUACCGAAGCAAUUAAAAUUCCUUAAUGUACUUCUGGUACUCCUUUUAGUCUACAAACAAUCUGGUGAAGCUGAAAACCCACAUGAGGCAUUUCUAGACACUCUGCUCCAAGCAGUUUACAAUGAGCGUUCAGUGGAAACGUUGUUUUUGCUACAUCAUAACAAGGAAGCAAAUUGUUCGCUACCGAACUGGAAUCCUCCAAGAAUUCCAACUCUACGUUCAAAUGAACUGACUGCAUUUAGUUUGGAAAGGAACUUCAACCACAACGCAUUGGCAUUGGUUUGCUUGACAAAAAACUCCUUUAGAGAACUCUUGAAUACACUGGCGAAAACAUUUGAUUGCAUGCGACAGGAGCGCAUAAUUUUAAUGAUUCAUCGGAAGCCAGAUACAAGUUUUAUUGAGGAAAUCGCCCACGAACUGAGGGAUCUACAAUUUCUGCAUUUGAUAGUGCUGAUUAUGCAGGAAAAAUCGAACGGAAAAGUGUCGGCAUCUACCCUUCGUUUGAAACCAUUUCCGGAAACGCAUUUUGAAAGGAUUCGCAAUAUAUUUGCGAUCAAAACCAUUUUUCACCACUCCAUAAAUUUUCAUGGAAGGGUAUUAAAUGCUGUACCAAGCGACGUUAGAAUAUUAUUUGCAGCUUUAACCGAAUUGUUCGUAGAAUUCGCACGGAGACACAACUCAACCCUUCAAAUUCAAAACUCAACCAUGAAGGCAGAGAUCCAAAUUAGCGAAGAUAACUAUGACAUCGAUAUGAAAACACAGCCUCACAAUAGUAAAACCUUUUCGCAUCACAACAAUAUUGCGAUGGACAUGAAUACAAAUUCCCUGAUAAUUGUGGUGCCAUGUGGCACGGAGUUAAGGGGCCUGGAUAUUCUCAAGGAGCUGGGAGUGCGAACUUUGAGCUGGUUGGCCCUGAUCUUCUACAUCAUCUUUGUUCUGGCGGAGAUGACCUUUGUGUUUAUAUCCAAUCGCUUUAGUCGCAGAAAUUUCCGCAUGAGAUACACAAACCCGUUGGUGAAUCUUCGAGCAUUUAGAGCCAUUUUGGGCCAGACUUUUCCCAUCUCCAAUCGAUCCAGCCUAUCAAUUCAACAUUUUUUCGUUUUUAUGAGUCUUUUUGGGACGCUCUUUGUUGGGUUCUUCGACUGCAAGCUCAGAUCCUUUCUGACCAGAAAACCCUAUUACUCGCAAAUAGAGAACUUUUCUGAGUUGCGGCAAAGUGGGUUGACUGCCGUGGUGGAUCCUCCUACUCGACAAUUUAUUGAGCAGGAAAUCAAUGCCGACUUUUUUAGAGUUGAAGUGCCCAAUGUAAGGACUAUCACUUCACGGGAAUUAAUGAAUCUUAUUUACUCAUUUGACAAGAAAUGGGCCUUUGUGUCCCAUUCAAUUCCAUGGCGUGCUUUUAAAGAAGAAAUGAAAUCCUUGGAUCUAAAAAUCCUUUGUGAGAGCAAGAAUUUGACCAUCCUUGAGAAUGUGCCCCUUACUUUCUCCCUACGCAGGAACUCGAUAUUUAGCCAGCACCUCCGCCAUUUCAUUAUCAAUUCUGCUGAUACGGGUAUGAGCACUUACUGGUUUAAAAUAGCUGGCAAAAAUAUAAGAAAACAUAUGAAGACAUCUCUGCGUAGAUUUGAGGAGCGGCCUUCUCAUCUUCCACUGUCUUUUGAGCAUUUCAAAUGGCUGUGGGCUUCACUUUGCAUUGCCUACGUCAUAUCAUUCAUGGUUUUUAUAAUGGAAAUACUUUGGGCCAAGUACCAAGCCAAAGCGUAUACAUUGUCUAAAGUUUGA